AUGCCUUUGCUCGCUUACCUUCUCGCCUUCUCGGUUGCUACCGCUGCCUUCGUUCAUCCUGGCGCGCUUCAUACGAUCCAAGAUUUCGAGCGCAUAACUACCCAUGUGGCCAAUGGCGCCGAGCCAUGGAAUACUACCUGGACCGUCUUGCCUGAAAGCCCUAAUGCCCAUGAGAAUUACUCAAAUCUCUACAAAGAUGCCGCGGCUGCAUACCAACUCGCUGUUCGCUGGAGAGUCUCCAACGACACGAGCUAUGCCGACGCCGCAGUCAACGUCCUCAGUUCCUGGGCCACGACCCUGACGACCAUCGACGGCACCAGCGACAAAUUUCUCGCUUCUGGACUCUAUUGGUAUCAGCUGGCCAAUGCCGCUGAGCUCAUGAGAGACUAUGCUGGCUGGGACAACACCAACAAGAUGGCGACCGGGACCAUGUUGACCAUUGUAUUCGCCUCCAUGAACAACAUGUUUCUGAAAGACCACAAUGGGGCAGGUGAUUACCACUAUUGGGCCAACUGGGACCUGUGUAAUAUUGCUUCACUCAUUGCUAUCGGCAUCUUCACCGACAAUCAGACUAUGUUUGACAAUGCUGUCAACUACUUUCGUACUGGGCCUUCAAAUGGUGCACUGCCGCUCUUCGCUGUUGCCAACUAUACCGACCCUGAAAGCGGAAAGGUCUUCACACAGGGCCAAGAAGCUGGCCGAGAUCAGGGCCACUCCACGCUUGAUAUUAUGCUUUUGGGUGUCAUCGCACAACAAGUGUAUAACCAAGGCGAUGACAUGUUCGCCACCUACCAGAACCAGAUCCUGAACGCUGCGGAGUAUACUUCAAAGUACAACGUUGGCUAUGACGUUCCCUAUACUACCUACGACAGCUUCGAGGGCAACCAGACAGUCAUCUCCAACGACUCGCGUGGUGGUGUCCGCCCCGGCGCCGAGUUACUGUCAGCUCAUUUUGGUCAAUUGAAGGGCCUUAACUCAUUUUGGACCGACACGUACCGUGACUGGGUGAAUGGUAACUCGACUGACGGUGUUGAGGGGGGUGGUGGCAAUUAUGGUCCUAAUUCAGGCGGAUUUGAUGGCCUUGGCUUUGGCACAUUGUUGUAUCGCCUUGGCCCCUCUUCGCAUGAAAAGACGAUGAGCAGCUGUCCAAGACCCUAG